AUGGAACCCAAGCAAGAGACCAAGGCCCUUACUCCAUCUUUGCCUCCUCCUACUCUUAUCAAUGGUCUCAUGACCUCUUAUACUACUUUGUCUACUGUAGACAUCGAUCAUGGUGUCUCCACUGAUCGCUCAACUUUUGUGGUUCAUAGUAGUCAUAGUGAUGAUCAUCGAGAUGGUGGUGGUGGUCGAGAAGGUCGUAUGGGUGGUCGUGGGGCCCAUAGUGACCUCGUUUCUAUACUCAUUGUGGCCGUGGAGGACACACUAUUGAUUUCUGUUGGGAUUUACAUGAAAAACCUUCUAAUGCUACGAAUUAGACAUCCUAUCAUGAUGACACCUCUGUUGCUGCUUUCAUACCUCGUUCAGCUCCACCAGACACUGGAUUAG